AUGGCGGUGUGUGGCUCGUUCAUUGACAGCAAUGUCGAAAAUUUUGUGGAAUUCGCGCUACGAGCAACUGACUUCGUGUACGGUGAGGUGUACCGCUAUCCGUCACCUUCAGCGAGAAACUUGAGAGAUCGGUUGAACCCUCUAGAACUGUACACCGAUGAAGAAUUUCGGUCGAGAUAUCGCUUCUCCAAGCAGUCUGUUGUACUGCUACUGAAAGAGCUGCGGCUCAACAGAAAUGAUGACAAAAGAGGUGAGCCUCUUCCGCCUGUGUUAAAGCUCCUCAUCACACUCCGAUUCUACGCAACCGGUGCGAUGCAGACUGUUGUUGGCGACCUCGUCAACGUAUCGCAGCCAUCCGUGAGCAGGAGCAUCUGGGAGGUGACGCAAGCAAUCUGCGUGGGACUGUUCCGCAAGUACGUGCGCCUACCGACAAGUGCAGAAGCGAAGUCCGUCAAGACAAGAUUUUAUAAUAUCGCUGGCUUUCCGGGCGUCACUGGCUGCAUCGACUGCACGCACGUGCAAAUCAUCAGUCCCGGAGGAGACAACGCAGAAGUGUACAGGAACCGAAAAGGCGUGUUUUCGAUAAAUGUGCAGGCUGUGACAGGACCCGAGCUUCAGUUCUUUGACAUUGUUGCAGGUUGGCCUGGUUCUGUUCACGACAGCUGAAUUUUUGAAAACAGUCGUGUGAUGACAUCAUACGAGCAAGGAACUGUGUCUGGCAUGCUUCUGGGAGACCAGGGAUAUGCUUGCCUGCCGUACCUCAUGCCACCCCUGAAAUACCCCCAGACAGCUGCAGAAAAAAGGCAGGAUGCAUAUUUAAAUUCAUCACCUCUAUUGAUUCUGUGCGGUUUGGCAGUGUACAUGUACCUUAUGGUGAGUGCCAUAGAUAACAUGCACCACUUGAAUUAAAGGAUAUAAAGUUAAAGAAAGUGCUUUGUGUACGAAACAGUGCAGCUGGAAAU